CGCUCAUUCUCAACCGCAUCAUAUCAUUUUGAAAGCUUUUGCUUUCGUCCUUUCGUUUCUGUUCUGUCGCUCCUUUCCUUAACUAUGAGAUCCCUCGUAUAUUGGGCGGCUCUUUUGCCGCUCCACUCUCUCAACGUCCUUGCAAAUGCACCAGAAGAGGCGGACGUUAUCAUUGAGGUCACCACGACAAGAACAGUGACCGUGUGUCCUCUCACAGAGUUCCACACCUGCGAAGCCGAUGUUCUUCCAACGGCUAUUCUUCCAUGGGAAGAUUGGACCAACACUCCUAGCGGAUCUGCGGCCACCACCACAACGUCAAAGGGAAGCGAUCACUCAGGUAGCUGGGGAACACCGACCGGAUCUUCAUUCCCCGGCUCUGGAAGUACUACUUCUGGCACUGGCUACUGGACCACCACCGCAGGCCCUGGCAGCGUGACCUCGACUUCCACGUCUGUACACUAUGGCAACAGCACAACGACUUCCACCCUUACUUCGACCACCACCUCUGCUUGUCUCAAUUCGACGGCAACUUCUGCUGUCAGCCUCGAAACGCCUCGAUGCAACAGCCCAGAACACAGAGGUGACUGGUGCCACGGCAAGUCUAUCGAUGAUGACACCCACCGCACCUUCUUCACCGGGCAAACCAAGAAGUACACUUUGACGAUCACCGAAGAAAACAUUAACUAUGACGGCACCUUUAAGCCCUCUUUCGCUGUCAACGGCCAGUCGCCCGGUGAGGCUAUCGUCGCUAACUGGGGUGACAUGGUCGAGGUCACUGUGGUCAAUGGGUUGACCACCAACGCCACGACAAUCCACUGGCAUGGUAUCAGACAGCUUGGCACCAAUGACCAGGACGGUGUGCCUGGUGUCUCCGAAUGUGGUAUUGCCCCCGGUGCCUCCCGCGUCUACAAGUGGCACGCGAGUACCUACGGAACUGGAUGGUAUCACUCCCAUGCCUUGUCUCAAUAUGGCGCUGGUUGCCGUGGCCCGGUCAUCAUUCAUGGACCUGCCACCGCGGACUACGACCUCGAUAUGGGCACAGUCAUGAUUGACGAGGCCUUCAACCAGACCAUUUUCCAGAUGGCCUACAACAUCGCCAGAAUUCGAGGUGCCUUGCCACCAUCUACCAACUACUUGCUCAACGGCAAGAACAAGUCCCCGGAUGGCACAACAGGUGAGAGCGCGCAAUGGACCGUCAAGAAGGGAAAGAAGCAUCUUUUCCGUAUCAUCAACAGUUCUGCUCAAACUGCCUAUGCUGUGCACUUUGAUUAUCACAAAAUGAAGGUGAUUUCGGCCGAUUACACUCCAAUCGUCCCAUACGAGACGGAUAUCCUGUACAUCCAAAGUGGUCAGCGGUACAAUGUUAUUGUUGAGAUGAACCAGCCCGAUGGAGCCUAUUUCCUACGAGCAGUAACACAGACUGGUUGCGGUGUGCAGAGCUUGAACAACGGCCUCGGCACUUCCAACGGUAUCUUCAGCUAUGAAGGUUCUUGCUCCACGCCCAAAUCAGACAAUUUCACCAUCGUCACUGCUGGCGACUGCAAGGAUGAACCACUGGCGAAUCUCAUUCCUCACGAUGCCAAGUCUGCCGGCUCGGUUGCCGAGUUCCAGGAUACCGUCAAACUUCUCCCUGGCGGCAACGCAGGCUCACAGGUUUUCGGUGAAUACGGUUCGGUCAUCAGAUGGUUCCUGGGCGGCUUGAUGGAUCUCGCGAACAACAGCGCCACUCCAGCGGCCAACAAGGCCAUCAAUGUCACUUACGAUGAGCCAACCUUGAAGACACUGGCUACUCUGCCAGGUUUGGCGUACAACAGCUCGUUCUUCGGCAACACUGCUGUCCUCGACGGCCCUGCAAAUUCUUGGGUCUACUUCGUCAUUCAGAACAACUUCCAGACAUCGCACCCCAUGCAUUUGCACGGUCAUGACUUUUCGGUGCUUGGUCAAGGACGAGGUGUCUUCACAUCCGACAUGAUUGGCCAGCUCAAUUUCCAGAACCCGGUACGACGAGAUACUGUUUUGCUCUUCGGUGGCGGCACCCCACAGGCAUUUAUCUCUGGCUGGACAGUCAUCGGCUUCGAGACUGACAACCCCGGCGCCUGGCUCAUGCACUGCCACAUUAUCUGGCACGCCGAUGGUGGUAUGGGCCUUCAAUUCCUUGAGAGACCCGAUGAGAUCGAUGCCGUCAGAUACUACAAUGCGGAUUUCAAGAACGAGUGCUCGGCCUACGAGACAUAUGAGGACGCUGGUCACGGCAGACAUCCCUAUGAGUCCGGUGUCAAGAGACGACAUCUGCAGGCCCACAAAAACUCGCACAUGAACGUCGUCCGAAAGUUUUGAGGUGGUCCAGGGAUAUAUGACGAUUGGCACGGGCCAACUUGGAAAUACUUGAUAUUCGUGACGUGAACGCAAUGGAACGCCAGCAUCGGGAACCCUGUAUGCAGUAUAAUUUGUCCUUCUGGUGCAUUCUCUUUUUUGGAUAACUAAUUCACACUCCUUUGUACAGUA